CCGGCCGCCCCUUCCUCCGCUCGGCCCGGACGAGGACGAGCCUUCCUUCAGCGACCCCGAGGACUUCGUGGACGAUGUCGACGAGGAAGAAUUACUGGGAGAUAUUCUGCAAGAGCUCCCUCAGGAAGCGGAUGGGAUCGAUUCGGUGAUUGUGGUGGACAACGUCCCCCAGGUUGGACCAGACCGCCUUGAGAAACUGAAGAAUGUUAUCCAUAAGGUUUUCUCAAAGUUUGGGAAAAUCACCAAUGAAUUUUACCCAGAAGCUGAUGGCCAGACUAAAGGGUAUAUCUUCUUGGAGUAUAUGUCUCCCACUCAUGCUCUGGAUGCUGUAAAAAACACAGAUGGUUACAAGCUGGACAAGCAGCACACUUUCAGGGUCAAUGUUUUCACUGACUUUGACAAGUACAUGACAAUCAGUGAUGAGUGGGAAAUCCCAGAGAAACAGCCAUUUAAAGAUCUGGGGAAUUUGCGCUAUUGGUUGGAGGACCCAGAUUGUAGAGAUCAGUAUAGUGUAAUUUUUGAAUCUGGAGAUCGAACCACUAUAUACUGGAACGAUGUUAAAGAUCCUGUUACAAUUGAAGAGAGACCUCGAUGGACAGAAACCUACGUGCGCUGGUCUCCAAGGGGGACCUACCUGGCUACAUUCCAUCAGAGGGGCAUUGCCCUGUGGGGUGGAGAGAAAUUCAAGCAGAUCCAGAGGUUCAGCCACCCGGGGGUGCAGCUCAUUGACUUCUCACCUUGCGAAAGAUACCUGGUAACGUUCAGCCCCCUGAUGGACACGCAGGAUGAUCCUCAAGCCAUCAUUAUUUGGGAUAUCCUAACUGGACAGAAGAAACGAGGGUUCCACUGUGAAAGCUCCGCCCACUGGCCCAUAUUUAAGUGGAGCCACGAUGGCAAAUUCUUCGCCCGGAUGACACCUGAUACUCUUAGCAUCUACGAGACGCCUUCCAUGGGCCUGCUGGAUAAGAAAAGUUUGAAAAUCACAGGGAUCAGUGACUUCUCCUGGUCCCCAGGAGGAAACAUAAUUGCCUUUUGGGUCCCUGAAGACAAAGAUAUCCCGGCGAGGGUGACCCUGAUGCAGCUCCCCUCCCGGCAGGAGAUCCGAGUACGCAACCUGUUCAACGUGGUAGACUGCAAACUCCAUUGGCAGAAGAACGGGGAUUACCUCUGUGUGAAAGUGGACAGGACCCCGAAGGGCACCCAGGGUGUGGUGACCAACUUCGAAAUCUUCCGCAUGAGAGAGAAACAGGUUCCGGUUGAUGUGGUGGAAAUGAAAGAGAGCAUCAUAGCCUUUGCUUGGGAGCCAAACGGAAGCAAGUUUGCCGUGCUGCAUGGAGAGACGCCCCGGAUAUCCUGUUCUUUCUAUCACGUGAAGAACAACGGGAAAAUAGAGCUUAUUAAAAUCUUUGACAAGCAGCAGGCAAACACGAUAUUCUGGAGCCCUCAAGGGCAGUUUCUGGUGUUGGCUGGGCUCAGAAGCAUGAAUGGUGCCUUAGCUUUUGUGGAUACCUCUGACUGCACCAUGAUGAACAUUGCUGAGCAUUACACAGCCUCGGACGUGGAAUGGGACCCCACCGGCCGCUACUUGGUGACGUCUGUGUCUUGGUGGAGUCACAAGGUGGACAAUGCCUACUGGCUGUGGACUUUCCAGGGUCGCCUCCUCCAGAAAAAUAACAAAGACCGGUUCUGCCAGUUGCUAUGGAGACCCAGGCCGCCAACUCUGCUCACCCAGGAUCAAAUAAAGCAAAUCAAGAAAGAUCUGAAGAAAUACUCCAAAAUAUUUGAACAGAAAGAUCGCCUGAGCCAAUCGAAAGCCUCCAAGGAACUGGUCGACAGACGGCGAACAAUGAUGGAGGAAUUCAAAAAAUACCGCAAGAUGGCCCAGGAGCUGUACAUGGAGCAGAGGAACGAGCGUUUGGAGCUCCGAGGAGGAGUCGACACAGACGAGCUGGACAGCAACGUGGACGACUGGGAGGAGGAGACCGUUGAAUUUUUUAUCAAUGAAGAAAUUAUCACAGUGACAGAGGCCGAGUAGCCCCAUAGCCGUGCACCCCCAUCGAUCGUCCUGAGAAGAGAGUUGUUCCUUUUCAGGAGAUCUCCUCCUCUUUGGAAGUUUUUUAAAUCCAUAUUUUUUUCUCUCUGGACGGUGACUGCACAGGAUCCAUUCAUUCUGACAUAACUGUAGUGCCUUUUGGUCCCCAACGGGAUCCCCCUCUGGGCUCCCUCGAAAGGCACUGCUUUUAAUUUUGUAUUACUUUAUGGGGGAGGGUUCAGUCUAACCUUUAGCAAUCUUACCACCGGAAUGAGCUGCUGCUGCUAAAAUGCUCUCGGAACAUCAGGGAUGGCUCCCCGCCCAAAGGCAGCCAAGAGACAUUUUCCAGGAUCUUGGGGGGAAAACUCCAGGGCUCCUGUGUUGCCGAGGACGGUUGCUGCGUCCUGCACCGGCGGGGGCCGGUGUGACCCAGAGGCAGGCCAGCCGGGACGGCUCUCCUUUCCAGGGUUGACUGGUUGUGUUGAAGCUGCACCGCGGUGGACUCGACUCUCCCAUUCCGAUUGUGACAGGAUCUCUCCAUGGGUUGUACAUUGGAAAUAAAGCAAGCCAACACGCAUCGUC